AUCCUCUGCGACAUUUGCAUAGCAAGAAAGGGCCGAAACCUUUGGACCGUGAAGAGAGAGAGAGAGAGAGGGGCAAAUGCUGAGAUCGAGUGGCGGAAAAUCAAUAAUCGGGUCGAGAGUUUAGGAGAGAAAAUAGAAAAAAAGAGGGCAGAGAAGAGGCAGGCAAGCAGCACUAAAGUAGUAUAUGGGGGGUGGGAAUACAUUCGUGGAUGGUGUUCGUCGCUGGUUCCAACGCCGUCCAUCUGCUUCUUCUAGCGCAAAUGCGGCUUCGGCUCUGACCCAUUCUAAAAAUCCCAAUACCCAUCCUCCCAAUCACCAUUAUUCCCAUAACCGUGAAGGCGAAGGAGAAGAACAGCUUAGAGUAGUAGAUGACUUCGAUAUUUCUGGGUUGAGUGCGAUCAAGGUCCCCAAGCGUGUCAAUUUCCCACUUUCCCCCAUGGAUCAUCUCAGAAAGAAUAACCUAGAGAGUGAAUUCUUUACGGAAUAUGGAGAGGCAAACAGGUAUCAAGUUCAAGAAAUUAUUGGAAAAGGUAGCUAUGGAGUUGUUGGGUCUGCAGUCGAUACUCAAACUGGAGAAAGAGUUGCAAUCAAGAAGAUCAAUGAUGUGUUCGAACAUGUUUCUGAUGCCACAAGAAUUCUGAGAGAGAUUAAGCUUCUCCGGCUAUUAAAGCAUCCAGAUAUUGUAGAAAUAAAGCAUAUUAUGCUCCCUCCAUCACGGAGAGAAUUUAGAGAUAUUUUUGUUGUUUUCGAAUUGAUGGAGUCCGACCUUCAUCAGGUAAUUAAGGCCAAUGAUGAUCUCACAGCUGAACACUAUCAGUUCUUUCUAUACCAGCUUCUACGUGGACUGAAGUAUAUUCAUACUGCAAAUGUUUUCCAUCGGGAUUUAAAGCCAAAAAACAUCCUUGCAAAUGCUGACUGCAAGUUAAAGAUUUGCGAUUUUGGACUUGCUCGCGUAUCAUUUAAUGAGGCACCGUCAGCUAUUUUUUGGACUGACUAUGUUGCAACACGAUGGUAUCGUGCUCCUGAACUAUGUGGUUCCUUUUUCUCCAAGUACACUCCUGCUAUUGAUAUUUGGAGCAUCGGUUGCAUAUUUGCUGAGAUGCUUACCGGAAAACCAUUAUUUCCAGGAAAAAAUGUUGUGCAUCAAUUAGACCUGAUGACAGAUUUACUUGGAACUCCUCCUCCUGAAACUGUUGCAAGGAUUAGAAAUGAAAAGGCAAGAAGAUACCUCAGUAAUAUGCGCAAGAAGCAACCUAUUCCAUUUGCACAAAAAUUUCCGCAUGCCCAUCCUUUAGCUGUACGCCUUCUUGAAAAGCUUCUUGCAUUUGACCCAAAAGACCGACCAAGUGCUGAAGAGGCAUUGUCAGAUCCAUACUUUGAAGGUUUAGCUAAUGUGGAGCGUGAACCAUCUACUCAACCAAUAUCAAAGCUUGAAUUCGAGUUUGAGAGGAGGAAAGUUACUAAAGAUGAUGUUAGGGAACUUAUUUAUCGGGAGAUUCUGGAAUAUCACCCACAGAUGCUUCAAGAGUAUCUAGAAGGGGGAGGAGAACAGACUAGUGGGUUUAUGUACCCAAGUGGUGUUGACCGGUUCAAGCGACAAUUUGCGCAUCUUGAGGAGCACUAUGGUAAAGGUGAAAGAAGUACUCCACUUCAAAGGCAGCAUGUGUCCUUGCCAAGAGAGCGGGUGCCUGCACUAAAAGGUGCUCAUGAUAAUGAUAUUGAAAAGCGAACAUCUGUUGCUUCAACCGCCCUUCAAAGUCGACCUGAAGGAUCAGAUAAUACACAUGACGAUGGAUCAAACUUUAGCGCUCGUGGCCUGCUAAAGAGUAAUAGUAUUAGUGCUUCAAAAUGCAUAGAAGUUAAAAGACGAGAUUCAGAGGAAGAGCCUGUUGAAGAGCAGGAUGAGGAUGUCAAUGACUUGUCUAAAAAGGUGGCAAAUCUCCACGCACCCUAAUUUCAUCAUGUUCGAAGUUAAAACAUAUUACUCAUCAGAUUAGAAAGCUUGAUAUCCUUCUGCCAUCCUCCCCUGCUUUAUAUGGACAUGCAAUUAUUCAUAGCAUUGAAGUUUUGGUUGGAGGCUAACCUUAGUGGACACUGCUGUCAUUCUUUAUUUGUUAUUGUCAUAGAGAAAAACUCCUCAGUUAUUGGGAGGCUGGAGAGUGUGCUAUGUCUCAUUGUCCUAUGUUGUAUUAGCACUGUCACAUUGAUUAUAAUUUGUCGUAAUGGGCUUAAAUUAUACUGGUAUCAAAUAUUUAAAUGGACAAAUGGGUAAAACGUUGGUGGGUUUUACUCGAUUACUCACCUUUCAUGUACUCUUUUGUUUAUCAAAUAAAGAAAUGCUGAAAUGAGAUAUUUUAAGGAUCA